UUCUUUCCACGAGCUCGAGAGGAUUAAAUUUCUACGUGACGGGGUUGUGCAUCUGGCGAAAUUCACAGACCGAAAAGGCCCAAUUAAUUCAGUCGGGAUUGGUACAUUGCUCAUUACAUUUCACGUUAUAAUCAAUAUGUAAAAACAAAGGAAGUAUUCAUUUUGUGAAGUUGUUUACUAGGAGAGAAAGAGAAAGUUACGUACACCAUCAUAGAGUGCACCGACUGUCAUAGCAAGCUAAAUGAUAGAUUUAUUUUCUGUCAGGUAAAAACAAAAAACAUCUCGUUACUCACUCCACAGCUGUGGAGGAUAGAGCGAGCUCAGUUCGCGUGUAGAUUUUUCGCUUGUUACAUAAUCUCUUCACCGCUUCACUACCGACCCAACGCACCUGUAUGUUCUCACCUGAGGCGGGUCGGUAACCUGUGAUUCCAAGUUUACAUCGGUCACUCUACAGUUAUCGCUUGACCCCGAAGUCUGAUCGGGACAGGGCCAUGGAGUGAAAGAAAAAACCCUCAUUCUGGACAAUGGCAUGUUUUCGUUUUCUUUCUCUGUAGACUGUGGUUGCUUGGGAAACCUUAAGAUGAAGGACACCAUUGGAGAAGGGACCAAGAUGUCACUGUUACCAACAAACGGGGUGGGAGGGAGCAUGCGGGGUACUAUGAAACGACACAGUUUAGCGGACAUUGCCGACGCCUGGAAAGGACUGUCCAUCAACAACGCCAGACGGGGGUCUAUGACGUCAUGCCGGAUGUCUGUCGGCAACGCGUUGGAUUGCGCGGCCCGCCACGAGUUCCUGGAAAGCAUCCAGGUGGCCAUAGUACAACUAUUUCAGAAGAAGCCUUUACAGGAAUGUGAAUUAGUACAGGUCCAGGACAACGUCAGAAAUCUGGUAGAAUCUGAGGCGGGUCCCCUCAUAUACGAUUUUUUUAAGGAUAAACUUUUGAAGAAAGGAAUGGUUAUAUUGCGAGAAUUUAUGAAGAAUGAUUUAGGUCUGGUACUUCUGAAGAAGAUGAGUGACCAGUGGAACUACUUUUACACUCAGAUCCUUCCGACAUUGCAAGCAAUGCUCUAUCCAUUACCUAAUAAAGACGUUUCUAUACGGAAGGUCACAAUGCUGGAAUUCAGAGAUGUUGUAGUUCUCAAAGUAGGAAUAGAAGAUACCCUGAAUUCGGUGGCAAGGGAAGAUGUCCCCACGCAAAUUAUUCAAAUGUUCUUGGUGCUUCAGGGUAUACACGAUGGUUUCCCGCCCAGUGAGAACUACGCACGCUUGGAGCGGCUGGCCGCCAAAGUUAUUAACCCGUACUUGGGAUUUUUCGGCUUCUACGAAGGAUCAUCCAAACCAACAAUUGAGUCAUCCUUGAAACCUACAACGAAAGUUAAGCAUCUAGAGAAGACUGAAGCGUAUGAACUUGAUAUUAAAACAAACCGUCCCAAAUCUACAAAUCCCCUCGUCACAAAAUCGCUGCAUCACCAUCGCCACGCCCAUGGCCAUUUAUUCAGCCACAUCCUGGAGCCUUUGGUGGAACAAGACACGGUGAGGAGACACAGCAUUGACACUUCCCCCAGGAUGUCCGCCGUGGGCUCCUGAUACAGGGCCCCUGGGGAGGGGAAAUGUCCUCACUCUGAGAUACAUUCCAUGUGCCGGGAAAGUUUCUUCCGUCAAUACGCAUUCCGCCAUUUAGUGUAUCGUCCGCUUCCGCUGCAGAUGCCGUCGGUGAAAUUGAGACAAGGCGGCGGAAUCACUGUGUUUGAUGAGCAAAUAUGGUGUGAUUGAUUGUGUAAUCCGAGGACCACUUUACAAAGUCUUAAGACAACAGUAUUGUUCACCAUAUUAUAAGUUGUCAUUGAUCCAAAGAAAGUUUUCAUAUGUUUUAUUUCACAAACCAUUUGUUACAUCAUUCAUGAUUGUUGCUCCAAGAUGCAAUGCACCGGUUUACAUCAUGAUCAAUAUGUUAUGACGUUCUGUAUUAAUUUUGUGUUUUACAUCACUAUGUAUUACAACAACCCUGUGAGCUUGAAUAAGCCAAAAACAGAUUCACCGGUUCACGAGAUAUUUCUUUAUUGUAUAAACAUUUUAUGCCUUUUAAUCAUUCUAUCAUUAAGGUUUUUUUUUUUAUCAUGUUUGAUAUAAAUACGUGAAUCACAUGUUAAAAUAAACGCAAAGAAAUAGA